UUUUUCCAUGUUCUAUAGUCUGUAACCUAAAUACAAGAUUUUGAUCCACAUCAUUCUACACCACGGUUCUGAUCCACAUCACCUUACCAUGGUUCUGAUCCACAUCAUUCUACACCAUGGUUCUGAUCCACAUCAUUCUACACCAUGGUUCUGAUCCACAUCAUUCUACACCAUGGUUCUGAUCCACAUCACCUUACCAUAGUUCUGAUCCACAUCAUUAUACACCACGGUUCUGAUCCACAUCACUAUACACCAUGGUUCUGAUCCACAUCGUUCUACACCAUGGUUCUGAUCCACAUCAUUCUACACCAUGGUUCUGAUCCACAACAUUCUACACCAUGGUUUUGCUCAUUCAUUUAUUUGUAUUUAACUUUUUACAUUUUAGUCAUUUUAACAGAUCUGAAUUGUUUAAUUACGACCACCCAAGAAAGAAAAUUCUAAUUUUGCUCCCAUUAAUUGAUUUUUGCUGAGGCAUCAAGACUUGUUGUCUGAAGCGUCUUGCCAACCGUUCUGCUUCAUAUCAUGCUGCUCGUUUUAGCCAGGUUGUACCUACCAGCACCUAUCCACCUGGUGGAGAAUGAACGAUCCACCAGCCAGCGACUACGAUUGAAAUUGUGGGUGAAACCGACAUCAACGUUCCGCUGCUGACAUUUUAGCUUCCCCCACUGACAGACUGUCAUUCGGCGCCAAUCUGUGGCCCUCUGAAAUACCUGACGCCAGCUGUACAGUCAACUUGCGGUGUGCUAUUAACUCUGUUGUGGAGACGUCUGAGCUACCAGAAGUCACUAUGGUGCAAUUAUGCCCGGGAAACUGGUACCGACUCCAGUCCCAGACCGGGCUGAGCCAACCUGCUGGCUGCAGUGGCAGAGGUCCGAGAGCCCCUCUCUACAUUCUUCAACAUAGGCACAUGUGCUCCUUGUGUGAAAAGGUCAGCCCUGCCCCUAGUCCAGUUGGGAGUGACGGUUAAGUUGCUGCCACUGACAUUCUUCAUUACCACGAUUUGGUGCAUGGUCACAUGGGUAGACCACUUUGAGAAUAAAAUAGAAACACAGGGGUAGGGCUGUGUGACUGGUCGAAUUAUCAUUGAAUUUGCAAUAUAAAAAUCAGCAAUUUCGGGCUCCCAAAGAACAAGGUGAAUGGGACCCGAGCCACCUGAGCUGAGGUGUAGGCGUUGUCUAUCCGUCAUUAAUUUCUCUAGCGGUUGGCCCAUGGGAUCUCCGCUACGCCAGUGGCGGGCACCCCGACUUGGCCCUGCUUGCUAUCCAUAGCACCCGAAAUCUGUCUUACAAGAUGCAUGAGGGAAGGAGGAACUUUAAUAGGGACUGGGUUCAGGAACACAGGUGAGGGUGAUAACAGCAUACAGGCGUUCCUACUCCAAAUGAGGGUCUCACGGCAGGACGUUACACUCUGGAUUUCUAUGGCCCAUUUUGCACACCUUUACUUACCCUUUACAAAACGGAUACAUCUAAAAUAACAAAACAUGACACAAAUAGUUUGCUAUAUAAUUUCUAUACAUAUAUAGAUUUUUUGUUGUUGUUGUGAUCUUUAAUUUUUUACGUAAACAUGGACCCAUGGUGUCAGCGUGAUCAGAUGUCGCCCCUAGAUGCUAUGAAUUCCGGAUGCCUGGAGAUACCUGCAGAAUAUUGCCAUAUUGGAUGGAUCAGGCAUGCAGAGAUUAUUUGCCAGGUUUUCCUGUGGUCAAUAAAGAGUCCAGGAGACGGAUCUAGCAGAAGGAACAUGCCCCAGUGUGUGAGCUGAGACACUGACAGCUGCCUAGGUAAGCAGUGGGACUUUUCCAGUUGGACAGACAGACGGACGGACACCACAAGCGUCUGUACCUCUGCCCCAGACCCCCACCUCCCUCGCCAGCCAAUCAAAUGCACCCUGACAAUAAGCUAACCAAUCAUGGCAAGCAAGUGAGCAGCGACAGCCAAUCUCAGCUCCCGAAUGUGACCCAGGGGGCCAAUAAGGGUCUGGGGGCGGGUAACCAUGGGCUCAAAGCAAAUCAAAUCUCUCCUGGCAACCCCGGUCUCAAGGCAGUCAACCAAUCAGUGAGCGGCAUUGGGGGGAUGAUGAAGACGAAGAGAGAGCGGAGUGUGUCCAUGGAGUCUGGCGAGCAGCAAGACACAUUAACCUCUUUACUGGAGACUGGAGCCAAAGUAGAAGGCGUGAUGCGCAGUAAGCGGAGGUGUGUGUUGGAGAAGAAACAGCCCUACAGUGGGGACGAAUGGUGCUCUGGACCGGACACAGAGGAGGAGGAUGACAAGCCACACACGGUCGCUCACCGGGAGCGUGUGAUGUCAUCAGGGAUUCGCCAGGGCCUCUCCGGACCCUCGUCCACGACGGGGCCCCUCCCUCCUGACCCCUCGCUGACCCCUGGGGUGGGUCGUGGCCUUGGUCCGGGAGGUCAUAGGUCAGAGGUCCCCCGCCCCUCUCAGCAGGUGGUCUACGUCUUUACUACCAGCCUGGCCAACAGUGCUGCUGAAGCAGUGAUUCAUGGCCACACAGACUCCAUCCUCCUCUUCCACCAGCAGAACGUCCCACGGACGAAGCAACUGGAGCAGUAUGCCCCUUCAGGGAAGCACCCCAGCCUGUCAGAGUUGAGCGCCCGGGCCACCCCUCCCACGGGGACACCCAAGUCCCAGAGUGGCACCCCAAGGCCGGCGUCGGUGGGCGUAGGGAGCCACCUCCAGUCUGUACGGAGCGGGACCCCCUCUUCCACGGGACCCCCUGAAUCUGAGACCCCUCAGACAAGACCGGGGGGUCCAGGAGCUUCCAAUAACAGCAGCAGCGGCCCCUCCCUCCAGCCAAGUGGAGCCAUUGCUCCCACGUCCUCUGGAACAGGCUCCGGGGGUGGCGGGGAGGGCGAUGGGUCCUCUCCGUCGGGCAGUCCCUCGGUGCUGUCAUCGCACCUCCAGGGCGACGUGGACGCGCGGGGCGGCCCCGGGGCCAACAGGGAUGACGGAGGUCUGUCCAGGGAGCAGCUGGAGCACAGAGAGAGGUCUCUGCAGACCCUCAGGGACAUCGAGAGACUGUUGCUCCGGUCCGGAACAGCAGGGGGCCCAGGAGAGCCGCCGGGCCCCUGCGACGAUGACAACAACAACAGCAACGUGAACAACAAUAACAACCGGGUGGGCGGCGGUCCGGCGGAGGACAGCGACAACGCUGGCAGCUGUGACAACAAUGGUGGGGGUGCCCCUCUGCUGACCCCCGGGGGCCAGGUGAAGAGGUACGAGGAGCCCCUGCAGUCCAUGGUCUCCCAGACACAGCAGCUAGGCGGGCCGGGGCUAGACGACUCCCCCAUGCGGGGGGCCCACCACCACCAUCACCACCACCACCACCACCACCUGCCACCACACCAUCACCACCUCCACUCCCCUGGCGGCCUGGACAUGGGGCCCCUGCUGGGCCCCGACGGGCUGACCCCGGAGCAGGUGGCCUGGAGGAAGCUCCAGGAGGAGUACUACCAGGAGAAGAGGCGGCAGCAGGAGAUCCAGCCGAGCCCGCACACACACCCGCAGCACUUCAGGAUGAUGCAGGAGAUGGGCAUCGGGCACGGGGCCCCCGCCAUCAUGAUGAGGGGUCCGCCUCCGCCCUACCACAGCAAGCCGGGGGAGCAGCAGUGGGGACCGGGGGGUCCCAUGAUGGGUCCCGGCGGGAUGGGUCCGGGGAACCCUCGAAUGAUAGACAUGCACCCGGACGGGCCCCGGGGUCCACGCUUCCUCGGCCAGAUGCAGAGGGGCCCCCCUGGGAGUGGAGGGUUCCCGGGCAGUCCUGGCGGUGUGUUGGCCAUGGAGGGCCUCGGGCCGCAACGGGGCCCGAGGCCAGGGAUGUGGAUAGAGGACCUGCCCCCAAACAUGAUGGGUGGGGGUGGGGGUCCAUUCUACCAUGGGGGGCCCGGUGGGGGACCCCAACAGCACCUGCAGGGUGACCCAGAGCGCCUUUUGACCCGGGAAGAGAUGUUCCGCAUCAUGGAGAAACGGCAGCUGCAGGGUCUCCACAGGCUGGAGCUGGAGAGGAUAGCCAAGCAGCAGCAACAGGGUAUAGGGGGCCCACGGAUGAUGGAGGGACCAGGGGGGUUCCCGGGUCAAGGGAUGGGCCGAGGGCCGGGGUCACGGGGGGACCCUAUGGACUUCCCAGGGUCCAGGGAGAUGAUGGGGUCACCGGGAGGGGGCGGGCCCCAGAUGAGGGACCUAAUGGAUUCCCCCCUGGGUCCUGGGGGAAUGGGCAUGAACAUGAUGAACCAGCAGAUGAUGCUGCAGAAGAUGAGAGGGGGUGGCGGAGGAGGGCCCCUAGGGGACAUGCUGACCCAGGAGGACAUCGCUCGGAUCCGGGCCGCCCAGAAUGGUGGCGGUCGGGGGGGGGGCAAAGUGAUGAACCAGGGACCCGACGGCCCCCUCCAGUUCCCCAACCAGGGGCCCUUUCCUGGGGGUCCGGGGGGAGGUGAUGGGGGUUACCUCCAGGGGCAUGGUGCAGAGAUGUUCGGAGGACCUGACCAACAUGAGGGGCCUCACAUGGGGGGGACCUCUCGGCUCAGCCACAUGCCCAUGGGGGGCAGACCCAGAGGUCACCCCUCAGACCUGUCUGUCAACGUGAACCCCGGCAUGCUCUCCCCGGCCAUGCCCCCUCCACCACACCAGCUCAAGUCUCCGCCUCUCACACAGGAGCCUUCGCCCCUCAUGAGCUCGCCCUCUGCCCCGGGCCUCAAGUCUCCCUCUCAGGUGUCCUCGGGCGGGGGGCCUCAGGCCCAACAACACCCCCUGCCUCCAGCCUCCGGAGCCGGGACGCCCUCCUCCAUGAAGUCCCCCCAGGUGAUGGGCCCCACCCUCGGGCUGCGCUCUCCCUCUGGCUCCCCUGGACGUCUGAAGUCUCCGGUCCUUGUGUCAUCUCCCGGGUGGACGUCCCCUAAGACGGCCCUCCCCAGCCCCGGGGGGCCUGUCAGUGGGAAGGGGGUGGGGAAUGGGGGCAGCAGCUCCACGGAGACCGGCCCAUCGCUCCCCCCCAGGAGUUCAAACUCCACCCCAAUUAGCCAGCCGGGUUCCAUGGCUCCCAGCAUGCCAUUCACCUCGUCACCGGACAAUCCGCCGACCCAGAACCCCCUCUCCCUCAUCAUGUCACAGAUGUCUAAGUACGCCAUGCCCAGUUCCACCCCGCUCUACCACGACGCCAUCAAAACCAUCGCCACCUCCGAUGACGAGAUGACACCAGAUCGCCCCCUGCUGUCCGGAGUUAACAUCGGAGGUAACCUAGGGAACCACCAGGGCUCCAUGCUUUUGUCCCAGAGCUCCAUGGGUCCUCACAGCGGCCCGCAAAGCCCCCUGGGAAUGGUCCUCCAGGGCCCCAGCCAGCUGUCUCCAAACCCCAUGGGCCUGCCGGGUAUGAACCCAUCUAUGAUGGGGGGUGGAGGUGGGCCCCCGGACGGGAUGGGCAGCAGCAUGUCCCCAAUGCACCCCCAUAACCAGAUGGGGGGGUUCCCCCGAAUGCAGAACCCCUCCCACGGGGGCCCUUUGCACUCCCCUCUGGGCGGACUUCCUCCCCAGUUCUCCCAGCAGAACCCCUCUCAUGGGGGCCCUUUGCACUCCCCUCUGGGCGGACUACCACCCCAGUUCUCCCAGCAGAACCCCGAUGACGUCAUCCCCCCACUCCAGCACAUGCUCAGCAAAGGCCUUCCCCACCCGCAGCAACAUGCCCCCCCCCCCUCUGACUCCUUCAUGGGCCCAGAAGGGCCCGACCUCAGCGACGUCAUUCGGCCGACCCACUCCGGCAUCCCGGAGUUCGACCUGUCUCGCAUCAUCCCCUCGGACAAGCCCUCCAGCACCCUGCAGUACUUCCCCAAAGCAGAGGGCCAGGGGGGCCCCCCUAACCCCCAGCAGGGCCGGCCGGGCUCCCAGGGACCCCCACCCCAGCUCCUGAAGCAACUCUCCACCCCAUCCUCCAACCCCCACAUCGCCAACCUCCAGAACAUGAUGGCUGAGCAGCAGCUGCCCCCCCUGCCCUCGCACUGCGGCAUGGGCCGGCCGGGCAUGGCGGGGGGUCCCCAGGGGGGCUCCAGGGGCAUGGGAGGCCCAGGAGGAGGGUGCAUGAUGCCCCCUGGACACCUGAUGGGCAGGACCGGUAUGGGCCCGGGACCCGGGGGGCAGCAGCUCCACCAUCACCACCACCACCAGCACCACCACCAGCAGCAGCAGGCCAUGAUGGCCAACAGCCUGCUCCACCCAGGCCCCCACCCCUCCAUGAUGUCCCCGCAGCACCAGCAACAUCACAGCAUGAUGGCCCAGCAGAACCUCAUGCUGAUGCAGGCAAAGCAGAGGAGCAUGGGCCUGCCCGGGGACCCCUUCGGCCAGCAGGGGGGCCCCCUAAUGUCACCCGGGGGUCCCAUGAUGGGCCCGGGCCCCCAGCACCCCCAGGGAGGGAUGAUUGGCCCCGGCGCUGGCCCCCAGGGACCCCUCAGACAGAGAGGCAUGUCCCUGGACAGUCCCAUUGGCUACGGGCCCGGACCAGGAAGUAUGACCAACAUGCCGUUCUGAUUGGACUGACCCACCGGCCUCCUGCUACAUGUCUGCGGCCAAAGUGGCACCCUAAUCACUUCGUAGUGUGCUGCUUUAGACCGGGGUUCUAUGGCAAUGCACUAAGGUAGUAGUGAAGUGAAGCAGUGCAAAACGUUGUCAGUAGGGCGUCAUUUUGGAUGCACGAUCGGUGUAAAAACCUUCUUUCCAAUAGUUUGUUUUUCCAUUGUUUUCACGUUUUCAUGAAUGUUGCUAUUAUUAUUAUUAUUUCAAAUGGUUAGAUCAAUUAGUUAACUAUAUCAGUUGAUAAUCUUCAUAUUUUUUGGAGGGAAAAACUGAUGAAAAACAAGAAAACAAUACUGAGCUGCCGUGAUAACAACGGUUUAAAAAAGACAUUUGAAGCCAUUUUCUAAAAGAUCUGUAAAAUAUGUAUAUUUCACAGAUGACUGUAUUUGUUUUGGAUGAGGUUUUCGGUUGCGAUGAAAAACCUCUCGAUUUAUAUUUCUUUUAAUAUCAUUGAUUACUUUUUUCCUCCGGCUAAUAAACUGUUGUGCAAAGGAAUAUAUAAAUAUAUAUAUAUA